AUGGCAUCAAAACCGGGAAAUUCCGAACCCAAAGUCCCGAAAAUAGUGUUGAAUUCAGGCCACAAAAUGCCCGUGAUUGGGUUCGGAUGCGCCGCCGGUAAACUUCCACCAUUGGAGGAAUUGACAUCAACUUUUGUCAAGGCUAUGGAGGUUGGCUACCGGCACUUUGACACUUCAUCUGCCUAUGGAAGUGAAGAGGCCCUUGGUAAAGCCGUGGCUAAGGCUUUGGAGAUGGGUUUGAUUCAAAGUAGGGAGGAAUUGUUCAUCACUUCUAAACUUUGGAUUACUCACACUCAUCAUGACCUUGUUCUUCCAGCUCUUAAGCAAACUCUCGAGACCAUGGGGCUAGAGUAUUUGGACCUUUACCUUAUUCACUGGCCACUGAGAAUCAAACAAGCAGCUAAUGCUUUCAAACAGGAAGAAGGGGACGCUCUACCAUUUGAUAUGUAUGGUACGUGGAAAGCCAUGGAAGAUUGCUGCAAAUUGGGUUUGACCAAAUCUAUUGGUUUGAGCAACUUUACGUGUGAAAAGAUAUCAAAACUCCUGCAAAGUGUCACCAUCCCACCAGCGAUUAACCAGGUGGAAAUGAAUGUUGGUUGGCAACAACGUAAAUUAAUGCCAUUUUGCAAGGAGAAAUGUAUAAAUGUUUGUGCAUGGUCUCCACUAGGAGCUUCCGGUACUAAUUGGGGCUCCAAUGCUGUCAUAGAGAAUCAAAUUCUCAAAGAUAUUGCGGCCUCUAAAAGCAAGACCAUUGCUCAGGUGGCAUUGAGAUGGGUAUAUGAGCAAGGAGCAACCCUAAUUGUAAAGAGUUUCAACGAGGAAAGAAUGAAGCAAAAUCUCCAAAUAUUUGAUUUUGAACUCAGCAAAGAAGAAAAAUAUCAAAUUCUACAGAUCCCUCAGCGUAGAGUUGGUAGAGGAGACAUUUUCAUUCAAAAAAACGGGCCAGUUAAAUCAGUAGAAGAAUUAUGGGAUGGGGAGAUAUGA